CGGGGACCAGGUUUGACCCCAGACAGAGCGCAAUAAGUAGGCUCCCCGCUGUUUUUUUCUGCUCCAAUGACAGCCUGUGUGUGAGUGUAUCGUUGUGCAGUGUGAACGGUUUGGCCGAGUUCUUACUAUAGCAAACAGCGGAGCUCGCCGACUUUACAGAGAUAAACCGACACAGGCAGUUCAGCUCGACCAGCAGGCAUGGAGCUCUCUGCGGCGGGGGAUCGCAUUUUUGCCGCGGAAGCCAUACUGAAACGUCGCGUCCGUAAGGGAAGAAUUGAAUAUCUGGUGAAAUGGAAAGGAUGGGCCAUGAAACACAGCACCUGGGAGCCAGAGGAAAACAUCCUGGAUGACAGGCUCAUCCUGGGCUUUGAGCAGAAGGAACGGGAAAGGGAAAUGCAUGGGCCUAAAAAACGGGGCCCAAAACCCAAGAACUUAGCGAUGAAGGACCGUGGUCAGAAAGGAGAGUCCAGCAGCCGGGCCUUCAGCAGCCGCCAGACCGCACCUCGCUCCUCUUCGUCCACCUCCAACCGAGCAGCUUCCGCCUCCUCUUCUGCCGCUCCUCAUACUCUACCAUUAUCCUCCUCCUCCCCAGCGCCCUCCCCCAAACUAAACUCUCUGGCAGCCACCCACAAACUGAAGAAAGACAUUCACCGCUGCCACCGGAUGUCCAGGCGCCCGCUGCCUCGCUCACACCCAGUCGGGCCUGCUUUUUCCAGUUCGAGUGGUUUCCCGUCCCGCAUGCAUGUCUCGCCUUUCUCCGAGACCGUCCGUAUCCUAAACCGCAGAGUCAAACCUCGGGAAGUCAAGAGAGGAAGGAUUAUCCUCAACCUGAAGGUAAUUGACAAGCCUGGCAGAGGGGGUGCAGCCGCAGGCUCCAGAAACGGGCAGUCUGGACGCCAAAACAUCCCCUCUCGCAAUCGCAUCAUUGGCAGAAAGGGGGAUGCCCCUUACAGACCGUUCCAGCCUCCUCUGAAGAUGCUGGGCUUCCCCAUGUACGGGAAGCCGUUUGGGCUGCAGUGUGGCAGGCCCAUGUCUUUUCACUCCCAAACAGGGUCCUGCUCUAGCACAGGAGCAAGAGACACCAACAGCAGCUCUUCACAGUGCCAGGCCCCCCCUCCUUCCUCUGCUCCCUCCAACUCGAGCAGUAACGCAGCUAAACGCCCCCAGCCAGCCGCUGAAGCCUCCAAGGAUUCAGAAUCCAGUACAGCUGUCCCAGAAACCCAGAAACCAUCUGCCUCUUCAUGUUCAGAAGCAAACGACAAAGUCCCAGCAUCUUCCUCGCCGACUUCAUCUUUAGAAGACCAAGAUGAAGACGACAUGGACUGUUCCCAAGCCUCAGAGGAAGGUAGGAGGAGUCCUGGCCAUCACAAAGCUAAGCCCCAGUCGCCCUCAGCAGUUUCCUCUGCCACUCCAGAUCAGCCCACAGCCCCUGCCGAUCCCCAAAGGGUUCCCACCGAGGGGGACCCAGACUGGCACCCUGAAAUGGCGCCGAGCUGCAAGGAUGUGGUGGUCACUGAUGUCACCACCAACCUUGUAACGGUCACCAUUAAAGAGUUCCCCACCCCCGCAUCCGGCCCCGCCUCUCCUGCUAGCGAUGAGAACGCCUCCACCCCUCCACCAGCCGCAUCGUCCGAGAAUGCCGCCAUCCCGAAGCCAUAAAGAUCCAAUAAUACGAACUUUAAUGCCAUUGAGGAUAGGAAAUUAUAUAUAAAAAUUAUAUCUUACCAGUGUUGCCACUUCAGCUCUAUUCUACCCUAUCUGUGUGGGGUUUGCCAAUAUUUGUUAGAUACUCAAUGAAAUAUAGUGUAACUAAAUGCUACCCAGCCAUGGAAGAGUAAAAAAAAACAUAUUUUUUCUAAAAAAGAUUUUUAAAAAAGCAGGCAGCUUGUUCGCCUUCUUGCCAUUUAGAUUGCCAUAUUUGAUCCAGCUUGCACACAAAGCAGAAUUUGUUUUCUUCCACUUGAUAAACACAUGCUGAGGGCCGCCUGUUUGUUGCAGCUCAAGUUGUCCUAACGGCGCGUCCCUCACCCAUCUGCUGUGCUGGCUUUCAUCAAGCACACUUGUUGGAAGCGAAAUAAGUCUGCCAACCAUCGAUGAAGGCUGUCCUCUGUGGUGUAGGUAGCCAUCGACAACCAGUAGGUGUUUGGAGAGGUCCUCUGAAAGCCAGCUAGCCGAUGUUUAAUGAAGAGAUUGUUUUUGUUUUUUUGUAAUUAAACUGAAGAUACUGCGUCAGUACAGCGAGGUGAAUGCAAUGCACUUGACUGCAUCAAAAAACAGCCCGUUCUGUGUAGUUAAUCAGGUUAUCAAGGCCUUCUUUUCCUUCCAUCUUUAUCAAACGCUUAUGAAUAUGAUGUAGGAGCAUAUUUUAGCUUUUAGACGCUGCAAAUAUUUCAAAAUACAAUUUCCAAGUUAUUCUUGCUGUAGUUUUAAUCUCGCUUCAAUCUCUUACAAUCCGUUCACCCCCUUCUACAGCUUCUUCAUCACUCCUAUCCAACACCAUUUUAACCCAUGUAGGUUGAGGAACCGCGACCUACGAUGAGUUCUGGUCCAACAUCUGUUGGAUUUCAGAGGCAAUGGUUUGGAUUUAAAAUGUUUACAGACCUUAAAAGUUGUGCACAUUUAGUCCCUUUUAAACCCCAACCUUCAAAUGUGUGUAGACAACUAACUGAAUUGGGGGAUAAAGAAUACUCGUAUAGUUUUUAUUUUCACAUAUAAAAAUCUAUGUUCGUAUUUAACACCCUGUAUUUACUCUCUAGAACAAAAUUCAUCUGCAGCUACAGCUGCAAAUGACCAUCUAUUCUUGCCCUUUGGUUAUGAAAGGAGCUCAAACGAAGUCGGAUCAGAAUCAACUUCAUUGUUGUGGUUUGUGUGCACAAACAGAACAAUGCUAACAUCAUAGCCAACAGACCGUACAGCAAGCCACAGCGUGUUUAAAAACACUUUCUAGAGAUGGACGAGGAGCAGUUUAUGGGAGCCUGUACAGCCCAGAGGGAAGCUAGGUUUUGAUGAUGCAAAAUAUUUUAGUUUCAGACAGUAGCUGACUUUCCUGCCUAUAAUAUUUUUUUUUAUCAGGGUUUACACAAAUGAGUAACCCUAAUUUAAUGCUUUUUUAUUGCUCUUAAAAAUAACUUUAAUGCCAUCAAGAAGUACCUGCAUCCAUGUCUCAAAUUCCUUGUUUGAAAGCAACUUUUGUUGAAAUUAGCAUUUUCCCAUUCUCUAGAUUUUUUUCCAUCUCAAGCUUCUUUUGCAAACAUUUGGCUUUACCAUCAACCGGAAGCAGUUCCGCACAAAUAUAUUGUGAUACAAUAUAUCAGACCAAAUUGUUUUUAUACACUUUUUUUUUUUUUUUUUUUUUUACGAAAGCAUUUUAAAUGCAACAAUAAUUACAUUUUAUGAAUUGCCAAUUAAGGCCUUGAUUAAAACAUAAUGACUUUUAAUGACCCGCGGAAACCCUGUUUAUAGAGUUAAACAGAGAAAACAUGCUGGAGGAAGAAACAUUCUGUGUCUGCUUAUUGCUGUCAGUCCGAUGAUAAAAGUCUACACAUUUAGGAUUGGUGGGUUCAAAAAGGUUUUUAACAGUUUUCAAACAGUCUUUAUAAACAUAAAUUUUUUGAAAGUUUUGUCUCAGAUUCUUUAAGUCUGAACUAUAGGCCUUUUUGCUUCAUGCAGUGACCUCUCUGAACCAUCUUAGUUCAUUUGUGCUGUAUGUGUGGGUUUGUUGCUGCUGGAAGGUGAACUUCUGUUGCAUUUAGCUUGGUUCUUCUCCUCUGUCCCCAUGGUAACGGUGUGUGCGUGCAGUGUUGGUUUUCAGCUGCAUAUAGUGUUUUCCAUGUAGCUACAAAGUUCAGUGUCAGUCUGGCUGAUGUUUUCUGCAUCCUCCACAGCUUGUAGCAAACUGCGAACCAGACUUCUUAUAGCCUUUUCACGUUCUCUUAUAAAUUCCAGCUUUUUAGUGUUAUUUGGGACUAAUAGUUGUCUGGUUAAAUUCUCCAUCAGUGCCUCCAUCCCUGGUGUGAUUGGUUGGGUGAAUAUGUAUGUCCUCGUAGGUUUGUAGCUAUGCCAUACUCUUGGCUACAAAUGAGUGUAAAAGUUAGUUAAUUUCACUAAUUUUGGUGUCAAAAUCCAUAAGAUCUCUAAGAGACUGGUGGUUAAUCGACACCAUGCAGAGUAAAAGUUACUCUGCAUGGCUUUUAAUUUUUCACAAUUAACUCUUAACACUUGAGCAGAUUUAUGCUCAGCGUAGUUGUAAAUACCAUAUUUAGAGUAAAACAGAUUGACUCUGAAUUUUUAACAGCCAAUUUUUUAUGUGUAGACAUUUUUGUGGUACUUUUUUGAAUGUAAUAAUUCAGGAAAUAAACCCCAAAAAAAGGCCUGUUGGUUCAUUUUUGGAUGACGGAUGAUAAGCGAGAUGUUCUAAAGUUGGAACAUUGUUUUUAAAGCCUUAUUCUGCUUGAAAAUGUCUCUUUAUUUUCCCCUCUGAUCAUUUGGGGUUCCUUGGUCAUCAUGAUGUGUUUUGUUUGCCAGUGUUCACCAACAAACCGCUAAAGACACCAUAGAACAACUUGAUUUAUACUGAGGUUAAAGAAACAAAUUUGGACUUUAUUGGGAGGGCUUUACAUGAAUUUACUCUACUUCACAGCUUCCGAAGUUCAUUUUUUGCACUUGAUUUAAUUUAGGGCUAUCAGGAAAACACAUGUUUGUGGUUCCACUUUCAUUGAAACACUUAUAGUGUGUUUAGGGUUCACAGCAUCUUCAUGUUUAUUGGGGUUUGAAGAAACUGAAAUAGUCAAACAUUUAAAGUUUGUGUUAUGAUCCAAAGUUCACAUUAAGAAUAUCUAUUUUUUUUCAAUUCUCUACCACCCUCAACUGUCUGGAUGAAGCAUCGAGUGUAGCUAGACGUUUAACUUUAAACCAUUUAAACAACAAACACCAGAGUAUGUUGUUUAAUUCAUGUGUUUGAAAAACAAAACUAUGUACAAUAUGUGCAUGAUUUGAGUCUUCAGCCCCUUUAAUUGAAGGCAAAGUAGGUAACUUCUGUAAAAAGGUAUUUUCCCCCCAAUCGAUUUGUUAAACUAUGCCCUAACAGGAAAAUGUAAAAAAAUUUGGAAAGAUGAAGCAUCUCUUUUUCCCAUUGGUUCUGCUGCCAUUUGCUGAAAUACACCGAUCCCUGGUCAGAAACGGAGUAAGUCAGAUGUGUUUACUGCUUCUUAUAUCCCUCCCUAUCACUGCGCGUUCUGUCAUCUAAGCUCAAGUCAUGUUAUUGUUUAAUUUUUGGCUCAAGUCCAAGGUUUUCUCAGAACUUCCUACUGGCUUUGAUCGUUUCCAUCCUUCCUCAGUAAAAGGAAAUGUUGCAUCGGAUGCAGCAAUGAUUCAAAAUCUUUCUUCAUCCCAUCUCCUGGUUCUAGAAACAAUGGGAACUUUAAAGCUAGGUAUUCUUUUGAUUAUUUAGAGAACUUGUUUUCUUCCUGCUCUUUACGGACCAUCCCAGAUCGCCAUUCGGUUCAGUGUAUUAUAACCUUUCCGCAUGUGUUGCCUUAUAGCUGUGCACCCUUCUUUUUGCUUGGCUCUUAUUAGAACGGCUGUUAAAUAGUCCUGACUUCAGCUUGACUGUUAGGAUCUCAUUACUGUAAUAAGUUCACACUGUUUUAGAUGUUUGGUUCAUUGCAGGUUAUCUGGAGGUGCAGCCGUGGUCUCCGACAGAUGGGGUUCCUCAUCUGUUUGUUCUGUACUGGAUGGUUCUUGUUGUUCUCCAUGCUUUUGUGAUACGACAUGAAUGGAUUUUUUCCAAUAUGACUUAUCCAUCAUUGGAGGAGAAAUAAGCUGACUACCUUUAAAAAUGAAUGAUGUAGGUUACCUUGAAUAUUUUGAUGAAAAACAUGCUGUGAAAUGAAAGACAGUUUCUCUCUCUGAAUGGAAAAGUGUUUGGAAAAUCUUUCAUGUUCCGUAUCUUAUCUAUCUAGGUGGCGAUGACACUAGCUGUUGGUAGAUGUUUAAGAUAUUAGUCUUGAAAGCACCUCUUUCUCUUAUUUUAUUCUCAUGUGGGGUAGCACAACUCAACUUAGUGACCUGUCUUGUAACCAAAUAGGGCUCUUUAUUCUCUUUGAUUUUAUCUUUUUUAUGCUUAUUUGUUUCCCUUUGUAAAUUGUUUUAAUGUGUGAGUGCUGAAUCAGCACCAAUUGGACGAACUGAAGGAUCUUGGUUUUGUGCAUUUUUUUCUCUCCAUAUUUUUAUAGUAUGUUAUGACCUGUUUGAAAUAUAUAUUAUUAUUUCAAUAUAAGGCUCAUUGUUUAAUGCUAUUUUUAAUAGUCUGAAUUUUUCCGUGUGUCAUGACUGCAGUUUUAUUUUGGUUGAUCAUUUGAAAUAAUUGCAUUGUACUGAUAGUAAAGCGAAGAAGGCAGAGUAUAUUGUUGACAGUAAAAUGUAUGUGAAGCAUGUUUUGCAACUUCUUGCUGUACAGAUAAUGUAUUCAGUGUCCUGUUAUGUGUUGUUUUUGUGUUUCUUGUAAUAGGUCUUUGAUUAAAAGCACUCUAAAAUCA